AUGUCAUGCAGUGAUAUGGAGACUAGUAUUAAUACUAGUACUAGUACUAGUACUAGUACUAGUACUAGUACAGUGAGUUGUAACAGUACUACUAGUAGUAAGAAAGAGCAAGACUUGCAGGAAGCAGAAGAGCAAGACUUGCAGGAUUUGCUGGAAAUUGCAGCAGAAGCCACAGAGCUCAAUUUUCGGGGCAACAUUGCCGUUGCCGACACAACUAGCAGUACCAGGACCAGUACCAGUACCAAUAUUCCAUGUGAAGGUCCUCUUCAAGGCCUGAUGAAGACUGGCCGUUUGCCCAGUGAGCUGCUCUCAUCUUUGGAGUCCAUUCAUGAUCACAUUCAAUCCCAGAUUGGGGUCUCCAAGAUGGUGCCGUGGGCAGGAGUUGGACAGGACUCCUCACGUCUACGUGGAUUUGGAUUUCUAGGUCCACAAGCAUUUCGCAGACUCCAGCAGUCAGAUAUUCGACUACAUGCACAAGAAAAGAAUGGAAAACAAGCUCAAAUUGAUCAACAAGCCAAUCAAAAUGCUACCUGCAUACUCAAGGGAAAAUACCUACAAAUCGCAAAGUCAGCAGCUCGACAACUGAUUGGCUUUAUCCAUGAUACAUGCACUGACAACAGGACACCCAAACACCUGUCACUUGAACAACUCAUUGCCUACCAACCAAAUCUACACAAUGGGGCUCGUCAUCUAGCCGCGCACUUGGAUUGGCCCUUACAUGAAGGAUUUGGAAAAGUUAUUCUCACUGUCGCCAUCAAACAAUCUGCAACCAUCCUCAUCAUUGGUGGCAAGGAAGACACACUCACGGGAACACAACCUGCCUGGAAAUUCCAAUUGAAACAAGGAGAAUGCUAUCUCCUGGCGGGAAAUGCACGAAAUAUGUGCCUACAUGCCGUUAUUGCUGACGUCGACGUCGACGUCGACGACAAUCAUAAGCAUCAAAGGGAGAGCCUCAACUUGAGGUUUGGUCUACACACCGCCACAGAAGCUCACGAGGAAGUCACACGACACUGGCAAGAAGAAGAUGAAGAAGACGAAGACGCGAACUGA